AUGGAGCAAUCCGCUCAUCUGCAGGGGUUGCCUCAGGGCAAUGAGCAAGACGCACUGCCUCCAGGCUACUGGGAUACCCUUGAUGCCAUGUAUCCGACCCCUGAUGCGCAACUCCAGCAACAACACACCCAAGCUCAGCAUGGUUCCAUAUCACAAAACACACUGGGAAUUGGUUGGGAUCAUCCGGUGUUUCAGGACCAGAGAGAGCUUGCUCCCCGACCUGAACAAAAUCAUGGCAUAUAUACCUCAAUGCAUGAGCCUUGGCAAGCGGAGACUCCUCUUCAACAGUCACGAAGUUACGGAGGCCAUGCCCAAUUUGACCAACCGCCAGCUCCCCAAGUCAUCUGCCUUUCCGUCCUACUCUUUCCAACCGGGUUACUUCCCCCACACCAACAGAUGCCCAUCUCAGACACGUUCACGACCGCUCCUUCCAGGCAGCGAUUGCAGCCACAACAAUACACUUUGCCCCAAGGCUUCACUCAGGAGAUGAUGUCCAACACGAUUGACCUCACCAACGAUUACCCUGAAUCAGAUCCCAACGUCACCAUCAACCCGCAGUUUCUGAACCCCACACAAGCACCUGGCCAGCAGCCUCCUUUGGCAAAUGGUAUUGUUUAUGGUCUCCCCCCGCAAUUUCAAAGACCAUCAAAUGAGCAGGACCGGCAGUUUAACUAUUACCAGCAUGGUCUCCAAGUCCAACCGCAGCUUGGACCAGCUUCCCAAAUGCCGGCCACAGGUCUACCAGUGCCAGACGUGAUCAUAAAUACGAAGAAGGGACCUGCUAAGAAACUACAACCGAAAACCAAGGGCACAAAGAAAACCCACUCAAAGUCAGAAAGUGAAAGUUCGGAUGAAUCAGACCUUGAGAUCGAAGCUCCAGAUGAGCCUUUCCCAUUACCCCCUAUUCGACCGACAGACCCGUUGGCUGCGGCCCAAUAUGAUACAGUGCUAGCAGUUUGGUCCCCACGAAACAAGUGGCCAGGCCCCGAAAAGGUGAAGAAUGCGCUAGUGGCCUUCAAAGAUGUCGUCAAGGCGCUUCGAGAUGCAUGGAAGGAACAGGUCCAGGCGAUGAAAACGGCUGAGAACCAAGGCGAUAAUAAUAAAGCUACCAAGCUAAAAGAACAGGUCAUCUCUCAGCGUCGGAUAAUGGACAACAUUGCAACGACAACAUUAGAAAUGGGUCACCCCGUCAUUGUUGAUAAGUACGUUUUCCUCCCCCCCUUCCCUGCACCUCACCUUUCCUUCUCUGGCUGUGGCUAUUUGAACCCGCAGAGCAUUGCUCCGCUGGGAGAGCACCCCAUGGUUGUGGCAGCUCUAUAUUCCUUCUUGGUCGACCGUUUCCAGGCUGCAGACUUUGCAGGAACCCUGACCAUCAAUUUGCUCAAGCUCUUUGCACGCUUCUCCACCAUGACAGAAGACAUGCUGCAGAAAACAAACCUUUCCAAAUUACUGCCUAAGUUCUUGAAGAAAGGCGUACCGCAAGUCAAGGAUCUUACCCAGAAGAUUCUGGACAAUGCCAUCGCCUCCACCAAGCGUAAACAAGAAAAUGACAAACCUCCCAAAGAAGAUGUCAAAAGUGUUGAAAAGCCUGAUCCAGCUGGAAUUAAACGCCCUCGCGAGGCAGACGGAAGUCUGCAGGCUGGAACAAAAAGAAUGGCGACUGCAAACAAAGAUGCGUCAAAAAUAGCUGUAGGCAAUGGCUCCAAGGGAGCUCCAGCUAAGGCUGUUCCUGCGCGCCCCAAAGCCAACAUUGUGGCACCUAAGCCAAUCAGUCUGUUUGGUGCAUUGGGCUCGGCAUCCAAGAGGCCUGGAACUACCAAUGCAGAGAGGGCAGCAGCAGCCGCAGCAGCCAAAAUAGCUCCUCCUCCUCCCAAAGAGAAGUCGCCGCCUCCAAAACCCGCAUUCUCCUUCGGUGAUUUAAUGGCAGAUCUCAACAAACCCAAAGAAGCACCAGCCCCCAAACCAGCUGAAGAUCAGCCACCCGAGACCGAAGAGGAACGGAGUAAGAGACUGCGUAAGGAAGAACGCCGCAAGUUGCGUGUGACCUGGAAGCCCGAUGAUUCUCUUACCGAGGUUCGACUCUUCACCCACGACCCCGACGAGGAACUGGGCCCUGGUGAUGGAUCUACUCGUGGAUUGGGAGAUACCAAGGGUGAAGGUAGUGUGCUCAAGCUUCAUAAAGAUAUGGAUGAACUUGAAGAAGACGACCUUGGUGGUAUGCACGAGACCGUCUUCCAAGAAUACACUGGCCUAUCAGGCAUCGAUUUCGACUUUGAGGAGCCGAAAGAUCAGAGCUUCAUUAAGCGUGGUGGUCCAUUGCUUCCAACAAGCCCCGAGAAGGAGGCCCAGGAGCACCGAGAAUCCACGACACUCAUGGUCUUCUAUACCUCUCCUGCAGAAAUGCCUGCAUCCGCCAAGGAGCCACCUACCCCGGACUCCGACGAGGCCGUCACCGAUGAAGUGCCUUUUGGAGAGGUUCCUGACCAUGUCAAGGCUCGCGAGGAACGAUAUUACUCAUACAUCAACCCCAAGCCUGUGGCCACACAACCGCCACAGCAAGCUAAUCCGGCUGCUCCUGGCCAUGACUUUUCCAACUUGUUCAACAUCAUCCAGAGUGUAUCUGGACAGGCACAACCAACUCCGCCUGUCGCAGCCCCGCCUGUCGCGAUGCCCGGUUAUGAGCAAGCAGUCAAUAUGUUUGUUCAACAGCAACAGCACCAGCACCAGCCACAGCCCCAAAUGCCGGUUCUCCCGCAGAUGCCUGCCGGUGGUCUCCAAGGGGUUGAUUUCAAUCAGAUCUUAAACGUUAUGAAACAAUUUACUCCCCAGGGUCAAUCACAGCCAGGCAUGGCACCUAAUCUUGGCGCCAUGUUCCCGCCAUUCGGCGGUCAAUUUCCCCCAGGCAAUGACUAUGAUGAUGAGCGAAAACGAGGGCGCGAUGCGCCGCAGCAUGACGGUGAAUUUGACACUCAAUGGAGUCGCUCGAAGCGUACUCGGGUUACUGAUAAGCCUUACAAGGUUGGACUCGUUGCUUGCAAAUUCUGGGCCGAUGGCAAGUGUCGCAAAGGUGACAACUGUACUUUCCGCCACGAUACCCAGUGA